AAACCAUUAAAAGUUCAAUUUGUGUUGGCAUCACAAUGGGUUAAAAUGUACUGAGGAAGGAAUAUUUUUGUAAACGAACAUCCUGUUUCCCGCUCCCAUUGUCCAUUUUCUCCGGUUUCCCGCGAACUUCUCCCCCUUCCAGCUAACCAACCCUCUGGUUUUUCCAUCAUCAAACAAAAUCCACCAUCAUUCUUCUCCUUUUCUUUCUCUUUCUCCUCCCUCAUCACCACUCUCUUUCACCAUCGCCCAUCUUAUCAGACUCCCUCCUCUGCCUCUUCUGUCUUCUUCGCGGCGGAAUCCGUUUCACCCCGGAAUCCGCAAUGGAAGAUGAAUAAAAUCCGACCCUUUCGCCGCCACCCCUCCGAUCUUUCUUCUUCCCUCCCUGCAACUUCUGCCGCUUCAUCGGACCCCGCCAGAGUCACCCUCCUCCAGCAGCAGCAUCCUCUUCUCCUCCUAUGGCGCCACCAAAUCCUCGACCCGGACAGCGACAUCGUCACCCAUUGGAACCACCUGUUCAUGGUCACUUGCAUCCUUGCCCUCUUCAUAGAUCCUCUUUACUUUUACCUCCCUUACGUCGGUGGUCCCGCUUGUCUCUCAACCGACACAGGUCUCGGUGUCCUCAUCACCAUUUUUCGCACCAUUGCUGAUCUCUUUCACCUCCUCCACAUCGUUAUGAAGUUCAGGACUGCUUUUGUUGCUCCCAGUUCCAGGGUAUUUGGCAGGGGUGAGCUUGUUAUGGACGCCAGGGAGAUUGCUACGCGCUACUUAAAGACCGAUUUCGUCAUUGAUUUUGCUGCUAUGCUGCCAUUGCCUCAGAUUGUUAUCUGGUUAGUGAUUCCGGCCAUAAAAGACUCUAGGGCUGAUCAUGCCAAUAGCACUCUUGCGCUCAUUGUUCUUCUUCAAUAUGUUCCUCGACUUUUUGUUAUGUUUCCUCUGAACCAACGGAUCAUAAAAACUACUGGGGUUGUUGCUAAGACUGCAUGGGCAGGAGCUGUAUACAAUCUUAUUUUGUACAUACUGGCCAGCCAUGUCUUGGGGGCAAUGUGGUAUUUGUUGUCUAUAGGGCGACAGUUUGCAUGCUGGACAAAAGAGUGCAGAAGGGAAAAUGGGUUACGCGUUCUAGAUUGCUUGCCCAGUUUUUUGGAUUGUAAUAGUCUGGAAAAUCCUGAAAGACAGUAUUGGCAGAAUGUCACUAGGGUUCUUUCUAACUGUGAACCAAAGAACAGCAAUAAUAACUUCAAAUUCGGAAUGUUUGCCGAUGCUUUUAUUAAUGAUGUUGCUUCUGCAGAUUUUGUUUCAAAGUAUUUAUACUGUCUCUGGUGGGGUUUAAGAAAUUUGAGCUCAUAUGGACAGACUUUGGAGACAAGCAUAUAUAUUGGCGAGACAUUAUUUUGCCUUGGCAUAUGUAUUCUUGGUUUAAUUCUGUUCUCACUGUUGAUAGGUAACAUGCAGACGUCGCUACAAUCUAUGAGUGUAAGAGUUGAAGAAUGGAGGGUUAAGCGAAGAGAUACUGAGGAAUGGAUGAGGCAUCGCCAGUUACCUCCAGAAUUACAAGAACGAGUUCGUCAAUUCGUUCAGUACAAAUGGCUUGCUACAAGAGGAGUCGAUGAAGAAUUUAUAUUGCAUUCAUUGCCACUGGAUCUUCGUCGUGAAAUUCAACGCCAUUUGUGUCUCUCCCUCGUUCGUCGUGUCCCAUUCUUUUCUCAAAUGGAUGACCAGCUUCUUGAUGCCAUAUGUGAACGUCUUGUCUCAUCUUUGAGCACUCCCGGGACCUUCAUUGUUCGUGAGGAUGAUCUGGUAAAUGAGAUGCUGUUUAUCAUCAGAGGACAAUUAGAGAGCUCCACCACUAACGGAGGAAGAUCUGGGUUCUUCAACUCGAUUGUUCUCAGACCGGGUGACUUCUGUGGCGAGGAAUUACUUACUUGGGCCUUAAUGCCUACUUCCAGCCUAAAUCUCCCAUCUUCAACUCGGACAGUUAGAGCAUUCACUGAAGUUGAAGCCUUUGCUCUGAGUGCUGAAGACCUUAAGUUUGUUGCACAUCAGUUCAAGCGGCUACAGAGCAAGAAGCUUCAGCAUGCCUUCAGGUAUUAUUCUCACCAGUGGAGGACUUGGGGCGCCUGCUUCAUUCAAGCUGCAUGGAGAAGACAUAAAAAGAGGCAGAUGGCAAAGGAGUUGCUUAUGCUUGAGACUGAUUACAUUGACAGAGAAGAGGGUGAAGACUACGAGAGCAGUGAGAGGUCAUCAGUGGAUAAUGCCUACAAUGCCCAGCAUCUUGGAGUUACAUUUUUGGCAUCAAAGUUUGCUGCUAACACCAGAAGAGGAGCUAACCAGAAAGGCACUGUUACAGCUUCGGUAAUUGAUACCUCCUCUAGCAGCUUGAAGAUGCCAAAGUUGUUUAAGCCAGCUGAUUUCUAUGAAGACCAAUCGGAGGUGUAGUUAAUACAAGAACUAAUCAGAAAACUGAGAAAAAAAAAAAAGAAAGAGCUAAUUAGAGUAGUUAGGGAGUUUUAUUACAUUUAUGUAAACUCUUACAGGUAGGAUAGUAAUGAAAGUCACAUUUUUUUUAACCAA